UUGUCGCCCUUUAUGCUCAGAAGGCUUUAGGGUCAUUAUACUUAGCGUUCCUAGCUUAUCUAAAACCAGCAGUUGUCUCCGCUGCCCUCCAAAACUCCGUAUCCCACUCUAUGGCCAUCGUCGAGCCCUUUAGCUAUCUCAAAAUACCAAGGCGCGUUUUGCUAAAAGAUUGAUACGCUUGUCAGAUGGAAGUUCGAACCAAAAAGUUCAUUCGGACCAGUGUAUUUGGCACAGGCACUUGCUGCCACCCUCUAGGAUGGGGCCCUGCGGUUCUCUAUCUUCAACAUGCCCAGCCGAAGAGUCUACGCAUGAUGGAUCCAACUCGAUACAAGAUCAUCGAGCCGAGAAAGCCAAGGCAGGCAAAAGUGUCUUCGAAUACUUUCAUAAGAACAUCGCUAAUGCGAAGCCGGCCGCUAAGAUUUCGCUUUCCGUUUCUUGACAGGACUGCCGAAUCAGACCAAGAUUCAGAAACUGAAUCGGAAGUGGAGUGGGAAUCAAGCUCUGAUGAAGUUAACAUAGACUCAGAUAGAGGAAGUCUAUGUAGGCCAAGAGGACGCCACCGAUCCCGCCAGAUGUUCGUUGUCGGAAAGCCUGAAAAUGAAAGGCGGGCACAGCGAAGGGCUCUGUGGUCCCCACCUCCAAAGAAACGAUUAAUCCGGUCCCCAACAAGGGGCCGUUUCGGAUCGGACAUUGUAGCAGAUGGGGCUGAUGUCUCUGCUCACUACCCUCGAUCAUGGCGAACUUCCGGAGGCUCUCGCGAAGCGAGAGACACGAAGCUGAUCUCUGAACACGAAAAUCCUAGAUGGGAAGCCAGUAUUCUUGAAAUCCAUAAUCAUCAUCGCGCCAAUCCCUGCGAAGAGCGGGCCCGCAGUCCAGACCGCCGAAAGGUGCGUUUCGCGCGCGACGUAGAGUACGUGAAGAACACCAACAGGGCCAGAGAGACUAGAGACAGAGAACGAGAGCGUCACCACGUUCGAUCUUAUCGCCACAGCCCCUCCGUCAAUGACCCCAACAGGGACUAUGGCACAGCGGAUAGUGGUACGACCUAUCGCCCUAGUUCACUGGAAAGGCCGUUCAAGGAACGUUGUCGAAGAAUGAGUGCAUCUAGCGAACGUGCUCAGCCUCACAUUAUCCAUGUUGGUAACCGUCGAAUGUCAGAAGCAGCGGAGCGCAUACGCAGAGAAGCGUGGAGGAGACAUAGCCGGGAGGGUUUACUGCGCGAGAUGGAGUCGCAAAGUGGCUGGCGCCGCUAUACCCGGCGACCUGACGAGCGGAUAAUUUAUGAUAGGGGCAGCCGACAAUACGGCUGCCAUUCACGAAGGUUAUUUUGAUCUUUAUCCCACGGCACGGCGCGUUGGACGGGUUGCAGACCGUAUGUUGCAUGGCAUCGGUGGUCUGGAAUUGUCUGGAUAUUCAAUUGUGAGGUUUUCCUUGAUAUUUGGGUUUGGCGGGCGGCAGGUUUCCCAAUGGUAGUGUUGUUUAAGCCAUUGAACUAUGGCAGCUCGUGUGUCCAUCAAUUUAAGUACACUGUAGGUAAAUAAUUUUGGUCACUUUUUUAUCAUUCCGUGCAGUCAAAUAUGGC